AUGUACCGCCAAGGUGGCGGAAGACCGCGAAAGAAGUCCCUACUCAUAGGCAUCAACUAUGUCGGCAGCGACCAUGAGCUUCAGGGCUGCCACCAAGACGUCGAGAACAUGCGAGAAUUCCUCGCGGCAAUGGACUAUCCAACAGAUCGCAGUUCGCAAGUAAUACUACGAGGUAGGUACGACCAACAUACAGAUCCAAGUGGACCCAUGUGGCCAAAUGGCCAUAACAUGCUUGCCGCUAUGCAAUGGCUUGUUCGAGAUCCAGGAACAGUCAACUUUUUACAUUACAGCGGGCACGGAGGCCAAGUCGAAGACACAGGCGGUUAUAGAACCAGUGGAUUUGACGACACCAUCGUGCCUUACGACUUUGAGAGAAAUGGACAGAUUCCAAGUGGCAUAUUGCAUAAGACGCUUGUGACCUGCUUGCCGCCCAACAGUACUCUAUUCGUCAUCUUCGACUGCUGUCACAGUGGUUCUGCAAUCGAGCUUCCUUAUAUCUAUCGAAGCGACGAGGAAGGCAACGUGUCAAUGCUGGACAACGUCCAAGCAGGCAUGCGUCUCGUCGGCGCUGCGUCUCAUCUAAUCCAAGGAGGCUUCACAUUCGACAAUAUCGGGGAAGCACAACAACUCUUCGCCGGAGCAACUUCUUUCUUCCGAGGCCUUACCCACCGGCACGAGGAGACUGACCAAUACGGUCUCGGAACGCAAGACUUCGCACAAGAAUACGCCGAUGAACAACAAAAACAAAUCUGGAUGUACUCUGGAUGCCGAGACGAUCAGACAUCAGCGGAUGCGUCGAUCGCUGGUAGUCACGUGGGAGCAAUGUCCUGGGCUUUUCUCGAAUGCAUGAAGCAAUUCGGCCCAAGGCAGAGUUACGUCCAAGUCUUGCAAAACACUCGGCAGAUAUUGAGAGGACGAUAUCAGCAGGUUCCUCAAUUGAGUGUUGGAUAUGAGCAGGAUUUGAAUUACGAGAUACGCAUCUGA